CAAUGUAAAAAAAAAAAAAAAGGGGGGCAACCGUUGUCGGGUAUAUCUAAUGUUUCGCUCGCUCUAAGUUGAAUAUUUCACCAGAUAAUGCGAGAUGAACCGUGUUUGUUCACAUUUACUCAAAUAAACGUCUUUGUGUCACUCUGUGUUUGUUGCGCAGUAAAAGCGACACCCACGGAAGUGACCAAGAUGGGAGAGUUGACGACGUAUUUCGGCAUGACGCAAUGUCCUAUCGCCUGGCAACACGCAGCGAGCGAUUCAUUCUCAAAGUUGAAAGAUGGCUUAGCUAGUUCGCUAAUUCACCAAGAUACAACAUGAUUCCGGCUCGGAUACAACGUUAACGUACCCGCUUUACGUUCAUAAAGCUUUGGUUAAUAUUAUACAGACGCCUCACUAUGAAGUUGCUCCAUAAAGACAUUGAGAAAGAUAAUGCCGGUCAGGUGACUCUGAUGCCAGAGGAGGCCGAGGAUAUGUGGCACACCUACAACCUGCUGCAAGUAGGGGACAGCCUCAGAGCCUCCACCAUCAGGAAGGUGCAGACAGAGUCCACUACUGGAAGUGUGGGCAGCUCCAGAAUUCGGACGACUCUGACUCUAUGUGUGGAAACUAUCGACUUUGAUUCACAGGCCUGCCAGCUGAGAGUAAAGGGCACUAACUUAGAGGAGAACCAGUAUGUCAAGAUGGGGGCUUACCACACCAUUGAGCUUGAGCUCAACAGGAAGUUUACUCUGGCUAAGAAGAGCUGGGACAGUGUUGUGCUGGAUAGAAUUGAGCAGGCAUGUGAUGCGACCCAGAAGGCGGACGUGGCAGCUGUGGUAAUGCAGGAGGGUCUUGCCAACCUGGUGCUGGUAACCCCCGCCAUGACUCUGCUUCGUGCGAAAGUGGAGGUCACCAUUCCUCGGAAAAGAAGAGGAAGCUGCACUCAGCACGAGAAGGCGCUGGAGAGGUUCUACGAGGCCGUGAUGCAGGCGAUUCUCCGCCACAUCAAUUUUGAUGUGGUAAAGUGCAUCCUGGUUGCCAGUCCAGGGUUUGUGAAGGACCAGUUCAUCACCUACCUAUAUAAAGAGGCGGUGCGACAGGACAACAAGCUCCUGCUGGAGAAUCGACCCAAAUUCAUGUUGGUUCACUCAUCAUCAGGUCAUAAGUACUCACUCAAAGAAAUCCUCUCUGAUCCAACUGUGACAAGCAGACUUUCCGAUACCAAGGCAGCAGGAGAGGUGAAAGCCCUGGAAGAUUUUUAUAAGAUGCUCCAGCAUGAGCCUGACAGAGCCUUCUAUGGAGUGGCUCAUGUGGAGAGAGCUGCUGACGCCCUCGCCAUCGACACCUUGUUGAUAAGCGAUUUGUUGUUCAGACAUCAGGAUGUCCCCACAAGGAGUCGCUACGUUCGGUUGGUGGACAACGUGAGAGACAACGGCGGCAACGUCAGAAUAUUCUCAAGCCUUCAUGUGUCUGGUGAACAACUGACUCAGCUGAGCGGAGUGGCUGCCGUCUUGCGUUUUCCCAUCGCCGACCUAUCAGAGCCAGAGGACGACAGCUCAGACGAUGACUGAUCCACAGAGACCAGAGACGAAUCAGAUGGCUCUUAUUGGGAGAAAAGAAAAGGAAGCUCGUCCAGUGUUUCAGAUAACACAAGAAUGCAUUGACUGCUGCUGUGCUACAAGCUAAAUAUUCCAACUCUGCAACAUCCACACCUCUUUGAGGCUCUAAUCUAUGCUUUUGGUUUGAAGGUGACGGUGUCUUUGAAAGGUGCAGGUUAAGCUAAUGCCAGAAAGCACUAAGUUCUUGAAUGCCAAUAAAAAGGAAUGUAACAUUUAUUGCCAAGUCCAAAUGAUAAGUUCAAUUUUGACAUUUAGCAAUAGAAAAAAAUGUGAUUUUUCUUUUCAAGUGUAUAUACAAUAUAAAGUAUCUCUUGCAAUUAAACAACAGAAGCAUUCAA